UUUGUCCUGCUUGUCGAGAAAGUGACUGGUCUUGAAAGACGAGUUGAAGGUUUGGAGUCAAACGGUCAGGGUGAUGCAGGGAUAGAAAGGGAUUUUCAUGAGCUGGUGGGGAAAGUUCGGGAUCUGUCCACUGAAUCAGGGAAUUUACGUGAACGACUUAUAACAUUGGAACGAGAAUUGAGGGAGAAAUCUUUACAUUUUGAACGUUUUCGAAGCAGAGCUGAUCAAGUCGAUGAAGCUCUUGCUCUGAAUACAGUAAAAAUCACCGACUUGGAAUCGCAACAAGGACCAAGUGCACAACAACGUAUUCAUAGUUACAAUGGUACCUUACUGUGGAAGAUUGAAGGAUAUCAAAGAAAACGUCAAGAUGCUAUCAAUGGAGUGAAGACGGCCUUGUAUAGUCCACAUUUCUACAGCGCUCAGUACGGGUAUAAAAUGUGUGCAAAGAUCUAUAUGAACGGAGAUGGAUUUGGAAAAGGAUCUCAUUUGUCCUUGUUCUUUGUGGUCAUGAAAGGUGAUUAUGACGCCCUUCAAACCUGGCCGUUUCAAAAGAAGAUUACCAUGAUGCUCUUGGAUCAAGGUAACGGUGAUCACAUGGUCGAUGCGUUUCAUUCUGACCCCCAAAGUUCCUCUUUUCAACGCCCAAGGUCUGAUAUGAACAUCGCCAGUGGUUCCCCAUUGUUUAUGCCGAUUGAUCAUUUGGAUAAUCGUCAGUAUAUCAAAGAUGACGUGAUCUUUAUCAAGAUCAUCGUAGAUUAA